ACUCAAUGCGUAACAAGACUUGUUUAAAUUGGAUACGUUAUAAUUCCUCUACACAGUUUCAACAGUGAUAUUGCAAUAAUUGGGGUCACCAACUUACUUUCUGUUCAGAUAACACAGAACAAGUUAUUUCAUAGUGGAUCAAGAUGUUUUUUGAGUUGUACUGGCAAUAUUUUGUUACUGGGUUAGUUUUAUAUGGCGUAGCGCGAAUAAUUUACGCCUAUAUUGGAAAAAAAGGAACCGUUUCUUAUGGUAAACAAAAGAAGGAUGAUGAGUUCAAAACUCCCGAUCAAAUUGCUGAAGUUGCAAAUGAAGUAUCCGAUGAAUCAGACGAAGACAUUACACCUGCCCUUCCUAGUAACUUACCACAUAUUCCGUUAAACUACAAGAAAUUUCCUGCUGACGAAACACUACGUAGAGCUAAGGAAUUUUAUGAACUCAUGAAUCAACGUCGCACUGUUCGCAGUUUUAGUUCCGAAGCUGUUCCCAUGGACGUGAUUAAAAAUAUCAUUAAAACAGCUGGAACUGCUCCAAGCGGUGCACAUACGGAACCAUGGACUUAUGCUGUUGUUACUUCACUUGAAAUGAAACAAAAAAUUAGAGAAAUAAUCGAGGAAGAAGAAGAAAUUAACUAUAAAAAAAGAAUGGGAAAAGUGUGGACAACAGAUCUUAAACCAUUUAAAACAAACUGGGUCAAAGAAUAUUUGACAGAAGCUCCAUGUUUAAUUUUGGUUUUUAAACAAAUGUAUAGCUUCAGAGCAGAUCAAAAGAAAAAACUUCAUUACUACAACGAGCAAAGUGUUUCAAUUGCGACUGGUAUCUUACUAACGGCCGUCCAUUAUGCAGGUUUGGUUUCGUUGACAUCAACUCCACUUAACUGUGGUCCAGCAAUUCGUACUCUCUUGGGCAGACCUUCUUCUGAAAAGCUGACUUUAUUACUUCCUGUGGGUUACCCUUCAAAAGACUGUCUAGUUCCAGAUCUAGAAAGAAAACCACUUGAAGAAAUAAUGGUAGAAUUUUAAACCUAACUUGUUUUUAUCGUACACUGAGUUAUAUUAGUGUUAAAAUUAAAUUUUCAUUAAUAGUGCAAUAUGGAUAAUUAUGUUGUAUUUAACCACGACUUCUACAUGUACAGUGCUAACAAGGUGACGUGCUCAAUUUAUAAAACCAAAGCUGACUAAAGAUAUAUAAUAACAGCCUUCUUUGACUAAUUAAAUAAUGAUUGUUCAAAUUAAAAAAUAUCCUCGUAUGCCGUAAUUGUGAUUUAUAAAAAUUUAAGCACUUUCCGAAUAAGCAACUACUUUUUCUAAUAAUCAAUACUCAAACCAGUUUUUUUACGGGAACCAUAACAAAAAAUAUGCAUCGGUUUUUAUUAUGUGCCCUCAAACGGACUCAUUUAAGUCGGACUUAAUCCAAAAAAUAGUUAUUUUUCGGACUAGUACCUAAAACACAGUUUUUGCAGACUAAUCGUUGCUGUUUUUGGGAGCUUAACUAAAAAAUAUUUGUAACACAUAUUAAACAUACGUAAAAGACUUUCUCUAGACUUGGCUACGCACCGUUCGUAAACAGCAACGAUUCGUCCACAAAAACUGUAUUUUAGGUACUUGUAACAAAUGUUUUUUUUUGGCCUCGUUUCAGAAGUACUUGAAAUUGUUUUCUAUUAGGCUAUGGUGAGCUCAUGUUAGUUAGUCAGUGGCGGAUGCGACCAUUUGGAAAGCCGGGCGCCGGUAAUCGUGGUGCCCGAAUCUCAUUUUGUCGUUUUAAAUUAAGUAAAAUUAGUAAAAAAACGUCAUUCAGCGAUCCAAAUUUUCCCCACUGGGGUUAGUAGGUACCAUCUGUCGCUGUAGGUAUAUAGUAGAGGGGUUUUGUUGGGUUGAAAAAUGCCAUAUCCUCAAGGGUUCAUGUUACACCAAUUUCAACUUGGUACACUUCGUACAUCCACUAUACCAAAUGUAUAUAGCAGCCAAAAUUUUUUUGCAAAUAUUUUUGUAAGUUUAAAAAAUUACAUGUACUCGUAUAUGUAUAUUUGGCCUGUUAUUAAAUAGAGGUAUAAAAAUAGGAGAAAAAAAAAGUAAUAUGCUAUAAUUUUAAUAUUUCCAAUAUUGCAACCCAGUUGAAAGGCUAUAAGACUUUAAAAAACUCAUUUUUUUUCGAAGUAUAUAAUCAUACACUCUCUGUUAGCUUGUAGUAAUUUUUAAAUACAUUCUGUUAUUAUUGUUUCUGCAAUUCUUCACUGAUGAUGAUACUGUGUAGUUGUGUACAUUAUUUGUUUUUUAUACAUUUAUGUAAAUGGGUAUAUUACGUUUCUUAGGAAAUUGUAAAAAAUAUUUGGUAACUCGAAUCGCUUUCAAUUUGGACAUGAGAGCCUGAAAUGUCGGGCAAGUGUGUCUUAUGUAAGUGUAUGUAUGUAAGUUUUUAUAGGAUAUUUAAAGUCCUGCAUAUUAAUUUCGCAUAUAAUUACUAAUUACAACUAUGUACAAUCUUA